ACUCUUGUCGCGCAACCGCCUCGAUUAGUCGAGCCUGACCCAUCAUGGCGGCGUCCGUGUGACUCGAACUGUACCUUGAAACGGACGGUGGUCGUGGCGCGGGCCCCGUGGGGGUUGGAAGUCACCAUGCUGAGGGCUACGUGGAGGGCACUGAGUUCAUUUGGAUCCCGGGCAGCGACCCAGGCCCCAGUCUUUGGCCUCCCAGGCAAAAGGAGUGUCAGGCUUCCCUCAGGCCAGUGGGGCCUGCAGCCUCAAAGUGAGGAGUCGAGAAACGGGUCGGGAAAUGGGGUUCGGCGGAGAUCAAGGAUAGCCAGGCACCGGGAUAGGGAAGAAGAGCAUCGGCAGGCUACGGGAGAAAUAAUGGUGGUUGGAGAAGUGGGACAAGGUCUUCUACAGGCUGCUCGUGGAUAUGCCAUCCAGAAACCAGUCCAGCCCAGCCACAACAGUGACCCACCCUCUUCCACGCUGCUCAAGGACUACAAGAACAUUCCUGGAAUUGAGAAGGUUGACGAUGUUGUGAAAAGACUCUUGUCUUUGGAAAUGGCCAGCCGGAAAGAGAUGCUAAAAAUCAAGCAAGAAUUGCUGAUGAACAAGGUCAUGGCAAACCCUGAGGACACCAAAUCUCUGGAAACUCGAAUUGUUGCCCUGACCGUCAAGAUCCGCAAUUAUGAAGAACAUAUGCAGAAACAUCGAAAGGACAAAACCCACAAACGCUAUCUGCUGAUGAGCAUUGAUCAGAGGAAGAAGAUGCUCAAAAAUCUCCGGAAGAUCAACUAUGAUGCCUUUGAGAAGAUAUGCAGAGAGCUGGAGAUUGAGUAUACCUUCCCCCCUCUGUAUUACCGAACAGCCCACCGCCGCUUCUUGGCCAAGAGGGCUCUGUGCAUCCGGGUUUUCCAGGAGGUACAAAAGAAGAAGAAGCAAAAAAGGGCCUUAAAAGCAGCAGCAGCAGCCCAGAAACAAGGUCACCAGGGGAACUCAGAGACCCCUUCCAAAUCCUGUCCAGAAGCACUCAAAGAAAACUAAUAAAGUCUGUAAAAAUUCUU